AUGUCGCUACCGGCGGAUCCACCCGAGGAACAACAGUCGUGUGGGGGGGACUUCGGUCUGCGCAUGAAAGACCACGACCGCCGCAUGCCCGCAUCAGCGCUGAAGAUCGCCGAAGAGACUAUCAAGCGGCGGCUACGAGGAAUGAACUAUAAGCUGUACAAGCGUGUCAGCGCCAACAUUGGUGUCUACACCAAGGGUAACGAGCAGCGUAUGGGUAAGGGUAAGGGUAAGUUCGACUACUGGACUGUCCGACUGCCCGUGAGCCGAAUCGUCUUUGAAUUGAAGGGGGAUGUCCACGAGAAGGUUGCCCGUGAGGCUUUCAGAUUGGCGGGCCACAAAUUGCCAGGUCUCUGGGAAUUCGUCAACAAGAAUGACCCGCCUGUUGUCGGUAUCACGAAGCUUGGAAACGGUGUCACUCUCGACUCCCUCAAGCGGGCACGCAGAAACCCGCCCCUUGGUACCAACAAUCUCGCUUCACCUCCGAAGAGCGCCUCCUCCAGCUCCGACCCUACCCAAUAA